AUGCCCUCACCGUUCGCGCGGAUUCCAAUGUCAUCAACGGCGUCGGAGGAGUUUAGGGCGAACGUUCCCCCGUUUGACGGCGAUAAGGUGAUGCUGCCGCGCAGCGUUUUUGAGUGCUUCGCGCGGCUGCUGCAGCUGCAGUUCGUGCAGGACACUGAUAUUCCUUUCCUCGGCGCUGCGCUGGAACGUAAGUACGACGGCUGGCUCGACUACAUCACGAGCCCCCUCUCCCCGCCGCGCCCGCGCAACUACGUGGACGCCUACAUCCCGCCAAACCCCUGCCCAGAGAAGUGCUGGUGGGCCUCCUGGCGCUGGCCGCGGACAAAAUACGUGAACGCCAAAGUGCCGUCCCCGGUGGAUGGUAAGUAG